CCACCCCACCCCACGCACUCCCACCCCAAUUUAUUUUAACAUUUUUUUUUUUUGAUGCCCACCAAUGGCCUCGCUGUACGUGGGCGACCUGCACGUGGACGUGACCGAGGCUAUGCUGUAUGAGAGGCUGAGCCGCGUCGGGGUCAUUUUGUCCAUCCGCGUAUGUCGAGACAUGAUGACCGGCCGCUCGCUGGGAUACGCGUGCGUCAACUUCCAGCAGCUCGCAGACGCCGAACACGCACUGGACACCAUGAACUUCGAUCUGAUCAAGGGGCAGCCCAUGCGCAUAAUGUGGUGGCAGCGGGACCCCACGCUGCGGGAGAGCGGCGUGGGCAACAUCUUCAUCAAGAACCUGGACCGCUCCAUCGACAACAACGUCCUGUACGACAUCUUCUCCAUCUUCGGCAAUAUCCUGUCCGGCAAGGUGGUGUGCGACGAGCACGGCUCCAAAGGUUACGGCUUUGUGCACUUUGAGACUCAGGAGGCGGCCGAGAGAGCCAUCGCCGAGAUGAACGGCAAGCUGCUCAAGGACCGAAAAGUCUUUGUGGGCCACUUCAAAUCCCGCAAAGAGCGUGAGGCCGAGCUGGCGGUCCAAGCCAAGGAGUUCACCAACGUUUACGUGAAAAACUUUGGCGUGGACGUGGACGACAACACGCUGAGGGAGAUCUUCAAGACGUUCGGAAACACCACCAGCGUCCGCGUCAUUAUGGACGAACGCGGCUUAUGCCGGGGCUUCGGCUUUGUCAGCUUUGCCAGGCACGAGGACGCCCAGAAGGCAGUGGACGAGAUGAACGGGAAGGAGAUCCACGGCAGGAUGAUCUACGUCAGCCGCGCCCAGAAGAAGGUGGAGCGGCAGGCCGAGCUCAAGCGCAAGUUUGAGCAGAUAAAGCAAGAUCGCAUCUCCCGCAGCCAGGGUGUCAACUUGUACGUGAAGAAUCUCGACGACGGCAUUGACGACGAGUGCCUGCGAAAGGAGUUUGCGUCCUUCGGCACCAUAACCAGCGCCAAGGUGAUGACGAAGGGCGGGCGCAGCAAAGGCUUCGGCUUCGUCUGCUUCUCGUCUCCGGAGGAGGCCGGCAAGGCGGUGGCGGAGAUGAAUGGCCGCAACGUUUCCACCAAGCCGCUCUUCGUGGCGCUGGCCCAGAGGAAGGAGGAGCGCCAGGCCUACCUGACCCGCCAGUACAUUCAACGCAUGACCAGCGCGCGGCCCGUGCCCAACCAGGUCAUCAACCCCUACCAGGCAGCGCCGCCCCCAGCGUACUUCCUAGCGCCGAUCCCUCAGGCGCAGAACCGCACUGCCGCUUACUUCCCGGCGGCCGCCCAGGUGGCGCAGCUGUGUCCGAGCCCUCGCUGGGCCACCGCAGGUGCCUGCUUAGAACACUACCAGAACCUCCCUGCCGGCGUACGGACUUCGGCAUCGAGUCCGCCCGCUUUCGCUUCUGGGCGGCCCCGUUUGAUGUCCGGCCAGCGUGCAACGUCCCAGGCUCUGAGCCCCCAGCCCGACACCCCGCUCACCCCCGUGUGUGCGGUUCCGCAGUACAUGUUCGCCCCUGGAAUCCGCAGCUCCUCGAACCACAUGCCGCCUACACAGCCAACUGGCCACACUCCGAAGCCUCUGACUGCCACCGUGUUGGCUUCUGCUCCUCCGCUGGAGCAGAAGCAGAUGCUUGGUGAGUGUUUAUUCCCGCUCAUCCAGAACAUGCAUCAAGACCUGGUGGGGAAGAUCACCGGCAUGUUGCUGGAGAUCGACAACUCGGAGCUGCUCCACAUGCUGGAGUCGCCCGAGUCGCUCAGCUCAAAGGUGGACGAGGCCGUGGCCGUGCUACAGGCCCAUCAGGCCAAAGAGUCGUGCCAGAAUUCUUACUGAUGCUCCACAAACCCAACCCGAGAAUGAAGGCAACUUGAGAUACGAUGCGCUCGUUCGUGGCAGUGAAGAAUCUUGCGCCUUAACACACACAAGUAAACAGAAAACAGAAAAAGUGAAACAAAAAAGGCAGAAUAUAAGUCAAGUCAAUAUAAAGUAUGAGAAUAUAAGUUAACAACAAAAAAAAACUAAAUACAAGUAAACACAACGUAAAGUAUUAGAAUAUACUCCCCCUGUAAGUAAACAAAAAAAAAAAUCUGAAUACAAGUAAACGAAACAUAAAAGUAUUAGAAUGGAAAUAAACAGAAAAAUAAAACACCAGUAAACCAUAAAAUACAUUUUAUUAGCCAACUUAAAGUAGCAAAAUAGAAAUAUUUUUCGAUAAUGUGGUUUAAAAGCGAGUCUUUUCCGCUGUUUUAUAUAUAAUUGUAUUCAUCUGGAAAUAUUUGUGAUGUACGACUGCCUGUUUUUUUUCCCUUCUAUUUGCUUAAUUGAGUAAACAUUCUUGCACUAUU